UCUAAGUGCAUGAAGCCAGCAGCCCGGGUGAGAAGGCACUUCCAGUUGCGGGAGGAAACGAACACUGCACAGGUCAGCGACAGGCUUCAGAGCAGCGCUGGGAAGAAGCCCGGUGGUCAAGGGGCAAGCAGGUACCAACUCCAGGGGAGGGGGCCAGACGGGCCAAAUGGGAAAGGGGGGUGAUCCGGGAAAAGGUGGUAAAAGACCCGUCCCAGGCCCUCUCCUCGGGCUCUCCGUCUGCAGGGGCCACACACGAGAGCAAGUUCCGUGCUCAGCAGCCCACGCCGGACUCUCCCCCCGAGAGGCGCUCAGCCCCCGGCCCCGGCGCCCGGCAGGCCGCCUCCAGAAGCCCCCGCAGACGCCAUAGUCAGAGCCAAAAUGGCUGCCCCGAGGAAGCUCGCACCGCGCAGCUAGCGAGGGCUGGGGAAACCAGCUUCUGCGGGGCCGGGGGAGGAGGACUCCCGGAAGAACCGUGGCCAGGACCCGCGCCCCCCCGAGCCGCACAGCAUCUUUGCUAGUUGUGAAGAUCAGAAAUCGUUACUUCAUCUCUAUAUUCUUCUGGUGCUUGACACAUCAGUCCAACAAGACUGAUGAGUCCAUGGAUCAAACGUUCUAAUUAUAGCCACCCUUGCCAUAACUUUUGAUUUAUAUUUGGAAAAAUACUGUCCAGAAAAAAAUGAUAAAAUUCUUCCUCAUGGUGAAUAAACAAGGGCAGACCCGGCUGUCUAAGUACUAUGAGCAUGUGGAUAUUAAUAAGCGUACAAUUCUGGAAACAGAAGUCAUCAAAAGCUGUCUCUCUCGAUCCAGUGAACAAUGCUCUUUCGUUGAAUAUAAGGAUUUUAAGCUGAUAUAUCGGCAGUACGCAGCUCUCUUCAUCGUGGUUGGAGUUAAUGACACCGAGAAUGAGAUGGCAAUUUAUGAAUUCAUCCAUAACUUUGUGGAAGUUUUAGACGAGUACUUCAGCCGAGUGAGUGAAUUAGACAUAAUGUUUAAUUUGGAUAAAGUACACAUCAUUUUGGAUGAGAUGCUAUUAAAUGGCUGCAUUGUAGAAACGAAUCGGGCAAGAAUUCUUGCCCCUCUACUAAUUCUUGAUAAGAUGUCAGAAAGCUGAAUAACGGAAGGCUCUGCCAGGAAUCGUCGAGACAAGAAAUGAGAGCAUGGAAUACCUCCUAGCAUUUGUAGCCCAAAGAAUCUGAAGAGCACACUGCAAAAUGGGGCAUCUUUCCAAAGACAUUUUAAAUAGGUGUUUUUCAGUUCAUAAAUGGAAAACAAAACUGUAUUUUAAAAUAUGUACAAAGAAAAAUUUUCUCUGAGAGAUGUUUUAUUUUCUAACCAUAAACAUUUCCCCCCACUUGUUUAAGUUUUAUUAAAUAAAAUGUUGGUUUCUCCUUCCCUUUGCAAAUUAAAUUCAGGAAUAGCACCAUGAGGUGGGAAGUGUGGCAGCUCUUUAUCAGCCAAUAAAAAUGUAGAACUGGCAAACAUACAUAGCACUUUGUCUUCUGAAUAUGACUGUCUAACUACUAUGCUGUACUGAAAGUGCUGUAAUUGAUAUAUGAAAACUUUUUAAAAGUCUUAAAAAGUCAAAAUUUUAGGGGUGUGGGUAAAAAAAAAGUCAAAUUUUACUAUGUUGUGUGUCUAAUGAAAACAUCAGGAUUAAAUUUCAUUUGCCAGUUUCUAAAAGUGUGCAAUCCAUUUUAUGGGCACUUGGCAAUUACAAUGCCAUCAUGUAAUUAACUAGAGUAUGUUACUACCAAUACUACUAGUAAAUGGUUAAACAUUGAAAGAGUCCUUACCUCUUGGCACACCAUGGCCCCUGGGCACCCAGCAUGCACUGCCCUGCUGCCCAAGAGGAAGCUCAGCUCUGCCAAGAGAGCAACAGAGGAGCUCAAAGGGAGAUUGGAGAGGUUGUCGGCUAAACCUGCUUCUGCAAAAGUGGAAACGAAGCCAAAAAAGGCAGCAAGAAAAGGUAAAUCUGCAGACAAAACAGUGUGUAUCAAAAGGGAAAGGGAAGUAAAGGGGAAACAGGCCAAGUGACUAACCUACAGAUCUACCUGCGGAAAACAAACUAAAAAUGAGGCAAGUCCAGCCUCAGAUGAAGCAGGGGAAAAAGAAGCCAAGAAUGAUGAACACCAUCAUAUGCCAUGUCUUAACAGUGGUCCCUGUCUCCCUUCUUAUACAUUAAAGAGGAAUAUUUUUGUCAACUAUUCUGUAAAUGCAAAUUUUUUUAGUAGCCAUAGAAACAUUGAUAGAGGGAAUUCCACCUCACCUCAUUUUGUGUGUGUGUGUGUGUGUGUGUGUGUGUGUGUAAAUGCUUUUAAGAGGUGAAAUCAUUUGCUGGCUUAUUUUUUGGUACAACCAGGAAAUAGUGGGAUACUGAAUAUAGUAGACUUUGAUUGUCUUGGGUGCCAGCUUAACAUUCCAUAAACAGGGAUAGUUUUUAUAUCUUACAGUACAAAGCAUACCAAGUGGCAAUUUGGAGUCAGUCGCGCAUUUUCUAAGUCUUGAACAUUUUAAAUUACUUCUGUUCCCAUAUUGGUAGAAUUGUUUCCUCAAUUAAACUCCUUGAUCUUGGCUCUGUCAGAAUUUUGUGCAUCUGUAACAUCUUUGGUGUGAUAGUCCAGUUUUACUAGUAACUUUGUUAAUGUGCUGUGAAAGAUCAAAAUUUUGAUGUAGUAUAUAUAUUAAAUUGUGAAUUAGUGGGA